AUGGCCAUGAGAAGGCACAGGUCAUCAAGCGGUUUCGCCUUGUGUGUCCAGUAUUUUGAAGAAGCCCAUAGCGGGAUUGGGCCUGCCGAGGCAUGUCUGAACGCGGACAUCAUUUCCGCGGAAGUGGACGUCCGCGAGCCAGGGCUUGACCUAAAUUGUCGCGGACACUGGCGGACACCUGGCGGACACCUGGCGGACAAGGCGCCCAAGUGUCCCGAGGCGGCCUAUGCCGAGCCCGUGUUCCAGGGGAGCAUCCGCAAGCUCCGGGCCGAAGUCGCCGACGAGCUGAAGUUCCUCACCGGCCUGGGCCCGCUGGCCGCCGCAGUGCAGGCUCCGGUCUUCGAGCGUUUCGGCCUGCCACGCGGCCAGCGCGGUGUGAUCCUCAUGAAGCUUGCCAUUCGGCUGAUCUCGACGUGGAACCCCGAGGUAAAGACUUUGGCAGGGGAUCUGCGCGAGAUGCUGUGCCUUCCCCGCGAGGAGGAGGACAUCACUUCCACCAUUAAGAAGGCGGAGGAUGGCUUGAUGCAGCUGGAGAGUCAGAUUUCCAAGGCGCCACUGGACGUUCGUGGGCCGCUUGCCGAGGCCUUGCUGCUGCCGUACAAAGCCAGCCCCUUGGAGAUCGCCAAGGCAGUGCCUCGCCUCCACAAGCGGGCCGAGGAGCUGGCAGAACAUCACCUGGCCCGAGGUCGUGAGUCGGUCGUCGGCGAGGGCAAGCUUCUCCGCGCGGAGGAAGCAGAUGGUGCCAGCGAUGAGCAGCUGAAGAGCAAGCUGUUGGACCUCUUCGAGCGUUACCUGCAGAAGAUGCUGAGCCGCGUGAUUACCCCUCUGGACACAUUCACGAAGCCGCCGGAGGCCUUCGGCUGCUCGUGGGCGCAACAGUUAGUCUCCCGCGGGACAGUCACGGAACUUUGGGGUCCCUGCCUUGCAAGGCAAGUGCCUGACAAAGACUGGCUGGGGCUUGGCGUAGGGGUCACGGUCCUCGACGACACGGUCGACGCUGCGGUCGUCGCCAAGGCCCGGAUGGAGCUGGCGGCCCUGGAGGAUGCAGGACAAGUGACGCCUUCCAAGGAUCCCUGCAAUGUGGGAGCUCGAUCAGUGUGGCUUCACUUUGAGAGCCCGGAGGAGACGCAGCAGACGCCCCCGGCCUUGCGCUCGCUCUGCGAGCAGCUGCUGGGCCUUCCAGAUGCCCUCCUCCGGGCUGCCGCAUCCUGCAGCCCCAACGACUCGGUGGUUGCCCCGAGACUCCGUGUGCAUCCGCACAUCAUGGCUGCCACCUACCGCCAUGGGGCGGAGUACCACUGUCACAAGGACAGCUACAGCGGUACGGACAACCAACGUAUGGUCACGGUCCUGCUCUACUUGAACGAUGAUUGGCGCCCAGGCGACGGCGGGGAACUGCGCGUCUACGGUGACAAGCUGGACGAAGACGCCGCCCAAGCGCCGGAAGGCCUGCGAAAGGAGGCCGCGAGCAUGCCCGACAUGGACCGAUUUGUGGACAUUGCGCCACUGAGCGGGCGCAUUGUCAUGUUCCGAUCUCGCGAUGUCUGGCAUGCAGUGCGACAGCCUCGAGAGCAGCGCUGGGCCAUGACUCUCUGGAUCAUGGCCGAUUAG